GUUCAGCCAUAUUGGCUUGAGGGGGUCCGCGCGGCCCCAGGGGGCGGAGGGCGCCCUGGUGUCGAAGCGGCAGCCGCCGAGGGCCUCGGGCAUGAACCUGCGCUUUCCAGGCGCCCGCCGCGCUGAUGGCAGCGGAGCCGGCAGCCACGCCUGCCGCGGAGCUGCCCUGCUCCGCCAUGCCGUGCUGGCCGCUGAUGCAGCUGGGAGGCUCGCGGCCAUCUUCGCCGCCCGGCGCGCGCGCCGGGCGCGGAGCAGUGGCGGAGGUGGUGCUGGCCGAGCGGGCGGAGGCGGGGUCGGCGGUGCUGAAGGUCCAGGCGCUCAGCGGCAGCGCAGUCUCAGGCAGCCUGCUGCCCGGCGACGUGCUGGUGCUGGGCCGCGGCGCCGUGGCCGAGAGGGCCAGCGUGCUGAGCGUCCGCGCCCGGGGCACCGUGCACCUGGACGGAGGCCUCGCGAGUAGCCACCCUGCCGGGGAGCCCGUGGCGAGCCUGGGGCUGCUGGAGCUGCAGGACGGCCUCCUGCUGCUGCCGGGGAGGGGUGGCGGCUCAAAUCACGCCCACGGGCCCUGGGACGCGCCGGCGCUCCUGCAGGGGCAGCUGCGGGAGGCGGAGGGCCUGCUGGCCAUCCGCGACAUGGAGCUCCUCAGCCUGCAGCGGCGGCUCGCGGCGGCGCCGGCCGAGCUGCCUGCCAGCUUGGCAGUCUCGCCAGCACCGCUGCCCGUGGCGACGCACGCGCCCGACUGGGCCGCGCGAGCAGCACAGCUGGAGGAGGAGGCGGAGCAGAAGCGGAGCCAGCUCGCCGAGCUCAGGCGUGAGGAGCUGCGGCUCGAGGGGGAGCUCCGCGACCGCCUGUGGGAGGGAGCGGGCGCGCUGCAGGACAUGCUCGAGGCGGCGCGGAUCGUCGGUGGGACGCUGCGGAGCGCCGUGUCGAGCGCUUCUGCGGCGACGGCUGCGGUUGGAGGCUCAGGGCUCUCGCGUCCGUCUCCCGGUGGCGAGGGCGUGCUCGAGGCGGCGCGGCUCGGUGGCGAGGUGCAGCAGGGCGCCGUGAUGAGCGCCGCUGCGGCGGGUGGCCCUGGGCCCUGGCCUCCAGAGGGCGGCGGCGGCCUGCUCGAGGCAGCGCAGGUUGCCUUUGGGGCACUGCGGGGCGGGGUGCCGAGCGCCCAUGCGGCGGCCGCUGCCUCCUGCGGCGACCCCAGCCCGGCCGCCAGCACGGGCGAAGGGCCGUCCACGGCCGGGUCUUUUGGCGGUCCAUGGCCGUGGCCAGCAGCAGAGCAGCAGCCGGCAGCUCCCGGGCUGCAGGAGCCGCCGCCUGGCCCGGCCGGCGGCGUUCCAGAGCCCGAGUCGUGGCCGCGGUUUGGCGGGGAGCUUGAGCAGCCCAGGCCAUCGCCAGGGGUAUCGGCAUUGUCAGCGGCGCUCGCUGCACCACCGAGUGCCCGACCGCUGUUGCAGGACUCACGCCAGGCGCCUGCGACGUUUCCACAGCCGCGGCCUGCCGCGAUUGCGGGAGAGAAGGCAAGUGGCGGCGAUGUGUCCGCAGCACCAGCGUGGCCAAGCAACGGUACUAGUGGCGGUCCAAGCAUUGGCCAGCUCCCUCCUGUGUCCCUAGUUCCUGCUGGCGGAGUGUCUGCAGAGAUGGUCGUGCCAAACGCCAGGAUGGUCAGCUCGAGUGUGCAGGGCACUGACGCGUCCGAGGCACCCGCGUCGCCUCCGCUGCCGAUACCCGUCGCGGUUGCAGCAAAGAUGGCCUCUGGUAGAGAUGUUGUUGCGGCACCAGCGUGGCCGAGCAGCGUCUCCAAGGGCGGGCCAAGCAAUGGCCACGUCCCCAUUCUGCCUCCAAUUGCUGCCGGUGGGAUCUCACAGCACACGGUUGAGCCAAUCCCGGAGAUGACCAACACGGAGGUGCAGGGCACGGACGCGUCCGCGGCACCCGCUACGCUUCCUUUGCCUCAGCCUGUCGCGGUUGCAGCGGAGACUGCUUUUGGCAGCGGUGUGGUUGCAGCACCAGCGUGGCCAAGCCAUGGCCAUGAUCAAUCCACGGGCGUGCGGGCGCACAGGAUCUACCGGGUCGGCUUGAGGAAGGUGGACUGGAGCCUUGCCGACACCAGCCGCUGGCACUUCAGGCGUAUGGAGCUGGGAGCCCCGCCAGCCUCUGCGAACGGCGACCUCGCGCGCAGAGUAGUCGGCCCCAUCUCGGAGGGGCUCGAAAAGUUCCGGUCGAUGCCCUGGAGAUUCCAGUGCAUCGUCUUCGAGUCCGACGCGAGCCUCCUGCCAGCGCACCAGCAGUCCUACACCCUCCUCGAGCGCCGCGGCGCCGCCGGCCCGCCCUCCGUGGUCGACGUGCCGGGAGGGCGCCUCUCGCUGAUCUGCGCCCUGUACGCGGCGCUGAGCCCAGAGCCCGCGCUGCUGCCCGACGGCCACACCGACCGCCUGUGCCGCCAGGGCUUCCGGGGGGAGGUGCUGGGCGCGAUGCGGCCGGGGAGGGGCGAGGGCUGCGCGGACGUGCCGAGCAUCGGCGUCGCGAGGGCCGUGAAUCCCAGCGCGGUGGCCUGUGGGGCCGUGGGCGACCUGUGGCUGCUGUCCGGGCUCGCGGCCCUGGCCUCGUUCUCGGGCGCCGUGAGGCGGCUCUUCCGCGGCACCCCUGACCUGGACGACCUGCCCCGGCAGGGUUCGAAUCACUACACGGUCUCGCUCUACGACCUGUCGACGUGGCAGCCCGUGGAAAUCGUGGUCGACGAGCGCGUGUGCUGCAGAGGGGACGGCAGCUUGCUUGGGUGCCCGCCAGGGUCGACCGGUGACCUUUGGGCGUGCUACGUGGAGAAGGCCGUGGCCUGCCAUUGCGGUGGCUGGGACCAGAUUGACCGUGCGGGUCACUGCACCCACGCCUGGUGCCUCCUCACAGGCUGCCGCGAUCAGCGCGUCUUUGUGAGCGACCAGGGGGGGCACUUCACGAGCUGGAGCGCACUGCACCCCGAGUCCAUCUCGCUCGCGACAAACGCCCCACAAGGGUUUGGAACGGACUGGCUGUGGCGGGCUCCAUGGCCAGUGGUGGGCGGCGGGGGCGACUCGAGCCUGGAGCUGGGCCCAGACGAGAUGUUCGAGAGGAUGCGCGCGUGGGAGGACGCGAAUUACAUCGUCGCCUGCAGCGCCGAGGCGACGCGGGCGCUUCCGGAGGACCGUCCCACCGCUGAGUCCGUGCUCCUGCUGGCUGCGUCCGACGCAGCGCUGGCACGGCCCGGGCCAGCGUGCUCAGUGCUGGCAUGCGUCAGUAACAGUGGAGGUACUGGCGUCGACUUGGUGCAGGUCCGCGACCCCUGGGGCGUGGUCGUUGCUGCGCGUCGGCGUCGCUCCAACGAGGCCAGCGCCGACGGCGCCUGCCAAAGCGGCGCAGAGGCAGACGACGGAGUGUUUUGGUUGGAGAAGGAGGAUUUCUUCGAGAUCUUCACGACCAUCUACUUGUGCGUCGAGAACAUGGCAGAGUUCGUCGGUGAGGGACUUUCUGCCGAGCCGACCCCUCAGCCAAAAGCUCCGCAGUGUGGACCUUCGCCAGGGCUGGUGUCGUCGCCUUGGACAGAGCAGGCGCAGGAGGCCCCCGUCGGUCCCGCCGCUCCGGCUCGGGCGCACUCCACGGCGGCCGCGGAGCCGGCCGCGGCCGACCCGUUGUCGUGGAGCCUGGCGUCGCAGGAGGCCCCCGUCGGUCCCGCCGCUCCGGCUCGGGCGCACUCCACGGCGGCCGCGGAGCCGGCCGCGGCCGACCCGUUGUCGUGGAGCCUGGCGUCGCAGGAGGCCCCCGUCGGUCCCGCCGCUCCGGCUCGGGCGCACUCCACGGCGGCCGCGGGGCCGGCCGCGGCCGACCCGUUGUCGUGGAGCCUGGCGUCGCAGGAGGCCCCCGUCGGUCCUGCCGCUCCGGCUCCGGCGCACUCCACGGCGGCCGCGGGGCCGGCCGCGGCCGACCCGUUGUCGUGGAACUCGGCGCUGCAGGACACAGACGCGCGAGCCUACGUCAGCAAGCUGGAGGCCAGCCUGCAGUCGCGCAUCCACCGCUCCGAGAGCCUGGUGGGACCCGCUGCCGCGCCCCCGAAGCUGGCACAGGCAGAGGCGCCCGCGCCCCUGGCGGCAUGGGGCGCCCCGGCGGUGGCGGUCGCGAGGCCCGUGGCACCCGCUGCCUCGCCACCGCUGCGCGCGGGUGCCGUGGCCGUCGGCACGGCGGUGGCGGCCGCCGGCCCCUGGC